UUGAAGAAUGAAGUUGACGCGCAAAACGAGUCAACUCUAUACCGAUUGGAGUUCACGUUAGACGCUGAUUGCUCAUGUUUUGUUCAAAUCCAUUUUAAUGCACGAGAAAUUUAUCAGGACGGCGAAAUCCAAUUUGCAUACCGUAACAAACGUGUCUCUUGUUCGGAUAGAUACCAUUUUGACACUGGUUCCGACCAGACUUUCAACAACUUCAUCUUCGAUUCUGCCAAAUGGGAUUUGCCUGAUCUUACCUACUCUGGAGGUCUGUACUUCCCUGUUGUCGUAGUGAUUCAGACCGAUGACGUGGAACGGGUGCAGAUGCAGAGUACCAUGUGCACUGUUGACGUAAGACAUUACAUUACUGCAGCUCUUAUAAAAACUUGCCAAUCAACUAUGUGA